UUCCAGAAAAGAUUACUGAUCGUCCUUAUUUCUACAACUAUUGCUGAACUGAUAUUCCUGUUUUCACUUGCCGGUCACUGGCGACAAUUAAGGUCGGAUAUAAUGUCGGAUAUAAUGGCUCCAAAGUCAUCUAACAUGUGCCUCCCGUUGCGGAAAGUUAUCAUAGAAUAUUUUGAGGACGAAAGAAGUCAACACUGUCCAGACGGACUUAAGGAAAAGGUCAACGAAACAAGAGGAACAAGAUUAUGUUGUGGAUCUAUGAGCAUUAUCGUCAAUCAAAUUUCCGCCAAGAUUGUUAACGACAAGUAUGAUGACGAUGCUUUUCCUGAAAUUGCAUCACUUGAUAUCACGGCAUUUAACUGUUCCGAAAAGAAGACAGUACAGCUGGAAGCAAAUCUUGUAGGUAUUUCGGGUGAUAAUCAACAAGAUCAAAUGAACGUUUCUUCGAGGCUAAUUUGGAAUAGUACCUACCCAUCGUUUUCUUGUCCUAGGCUGAAAUAUCUGACAGACGAUGGAACAAUACACAUAGAAACGAGUGGGUAUUUCUACAUUUCAUCACAACUCAAGUCAAAACACUACUCCAUAAAUGGCACAGCAGGUGUUUCGGGCGCAAAUUUUAAACAUUUCAUUUACAGAAUAUCAGAAGAUAUAAACGAGCAAGUUCUGUUAGAAGGAGAAAAAUCAUUUUGUGCAGUUGCUUCAGACAUUUCUGAAUGUACAAGUUUUAUCGGUGCUGUUUUCAAACUUGUGACCGGAGACCAGAUAUAUGUAUCCACCUCACAUCCAGGCAGUCUUCUUCUUGCGUCACAAGAUAAUUAUUUUAGCAUCUAUAGUGUGUAAUACGCACAUAUAUUUCCAUUGAUACAAAUUAUCCCAAAGAAAAGAUGAGCACAUUUAUGUUAUUUGUUGUAAUAUUUCCAGUGUUUUUUAAUAUUAUAUUGAGUUAUAAGGAACUUAUUAUAAUUUUAUCUACUUAUUAACUAAAACUAUACGACAAGAAAUGUAAAGUUUCGUUUAGAGGAUUGCACCCUGCCGACGAUGGAUAUAGUGUGGCACUUACGGGCAACAGGGAACAGAUAAUUGAAUCACUUAAAGCAGGGCUAUACCUGACUUUUCGCUUUGCGGGGUCCCGGGGCGAAAAUACGAAUGGCACAAAUCAGCCACCAUAAUUUUAUUUGUGCACUUAAAAAAACAUUUAAGCGCGACCCAUUCCCUACCCGAUAUAACUACCGUAUACAUUAUACAAUGGUAUAAUAUUACACCCUCUGCAUGUUAACCUGUUUUUAAAGUGCUUUGUUAAAUAUAAAUGAUUGUAAUAAAUGUGCUGUGUUCGUGACAUUUACAUUGAUUAAAAUUGGUCAUAGUUGAUUUUUCAUAAAAAACGUAAAUAGUCAAUGGCAAUUCAAAAAGCUUACUUAAGACCCCUAUAUAUUAUUACAUUAGAAAUAAACAGUAACUGUUAAUGUGUGAGGUUUAAAUUAAUUCAUAAUAUGCGUUGGUUUUUAUUCAACAUAAACUUCGAGUUUGACAUGCAGUUAGGGAAUGAGGUAUGUCCUUCCGCGCGAAUAACAUCAAUUAUUUCCAAUCAAAAAUAUAAAUAAAGUAUACCAACUGAACAUAAGCUUUUCAACAGUAAAAAAAAUCUGAAAAUUCUCCAAUUGGCCGUGCACAUGCUGGUUCAUGGGAUCCUAAUUGCUGAGGUUGUAGCUCGUGGUGGUGCUUCCUGGCAAUCAGUCCGAAGUCCUCGGCAGCGACUUGCGCAGUCCGCGGAUGCAAAGAGUUACCAAAGAGCGGAAGGCAGUCUACAAGACCACUAUCUCUUGAACUAACACCCUAGAAAUAAUAACGUUGGAAAGUUUAACGGUUUGAAUUCUUCUUCUUAAACUUAUUUCAUGAUGUAUUGUUUCUUUUUUCCUUUUUAGUUUCAAUAAAAAAAUUCUGUUACAAUGACUAUUGAAUUUACUUUUUCUAUUCACAUAAUAUGUUGCACAUAUUGGAUGUGGCGGCGAAUUGUUUUUGUAGAAUAAAAAGUCAACCAGUGAUAUGAGAUGAACGGUUAUUUUACAAAAUUAAUGUACAACUAAAAAUUGAAUAAUCAAAUACAUAUUCGCUUUAAUUAAGGCCACGGUAGAACUAAUCUUUUUAUCUGACAGAUUGAACAUAGAUUAUAUGUAUAAAUAAUUAAUCAAGCACUGCUAUUAUUCUCUGCCGGGCA